AGGGGAAAAAAAGAAAGAUAGAGAAAAAGAAGAGGGGAAUAAACUGAAGAUAACCGCUCCAACGAUCAAAUGGAGGAUUGUCAACAACAUUUCUUCGUUCUGUUUCUCUCUCUCUCUGAGCAGAGGUUUUGAGUUUUGAGGGACAAGAAGCACAGAACUCCAACUCAAAACUCUGCUCCCUACCAUCUAUUGCUGAUUAUUCUUUCGUCUCUGCUUUCGUAGCGUUGCCAUGGCUUCCAUUUCCAGAUCUCGACGACUUCCCGAGCCUCGAUCCGGCGGCAAAAUUGUCCGACCCCGCCGAACCGCUGCCGCCAAGACUCCUUACGACCGGCCUACUCCCUCCAAUUCCACCUCUCGGAGCCCUAGUUGGUUCUCUCGUUUCGUUUUCUCCCCAACACGUUCCAUUGCUUCUGGUGCUGGGAAACUCCUAUCCACCGUUUUCGAUUUAGAAUCUUCGCCAACGUCCUCGUCCUCGUCCUCCUCUUCUUCCUCGUCUUCUGCUAAUGAUUCCACUGCUGAGGAGGAAAUUGGCACUGCCAACGAUGAAAAUGGUGUCUCCCUUAAAGGUGCCGAUAUGUUGAAUAAGAGUGGGACAUUGGAAGUGAUCAAUGCCUCUGGGAAGGAUCUCCAACCGGUAGUUUGGAGUAGCAAAACCAAGCGUGUCAUUGAGCAGCUAAUUAUGCGUGAGACAUUCUCAAGGGAAGAAUGUGAUCGAUUUAUAAGAAUAAUUAGAUCAAGAGUACUUGAUACUUCCAAUGAAGAUGAUGAACGGAACCAGAGGCCAAGUGAUAUGCUCAACAGGACUCUUGCAAAUGAUUCACCUGAUCUCAGUAGUGCUGCUGUUAUGGAGGCAAAGAAAUGGUUAGAGGAGCAGAAGUCCAGAUUAGAUUCAAAUUCAGAUCUAGGUUAUGGAAGUCACAAUUUAAAGAUGGUUACAUUGCCACAAGCUCUCAAAGAUGAAGGAUCGCCUGUUGAUUUGGCUAAGUCAUAUAUGCGCUCGCUCCCACCUUGGUCAUCUCCUUCCAUAGACCAUAGUAAGCCUUUGACACCAGUUGGAGUUCAGCUCUUCAAAGAAGAAACUCCAUAUCCAGUCAGUGGCUAUUCUACAUCGUCCGCCAAGUUGAAAAGGGAUUCUCCGACUACUGGUUCAUGGAGUAUUCAGGAUGAAAUACGAAGAGUACGUUCCAGGGCAACUGAGCAGAUGCUUAGUUCACUUCCCUCCUCAAAAAUUGAUUGGUCUGUAGUUGCUGUGGAAUGUAAAAAUAACGUGAAUCCUUUGACUACUGAAAAUAUCGAAGCUACUGUGGUAGAGAAAGUGCCUCAUUUUACCAAUUCCAUAGAUGCAUCUUUGAACUUGGUCGAUGAAUAUAAUGCUCAUUCAGCUCCAGAUUUGGAGAGGAAACAGGAUGGUGUUCAACUUGAAAGUGUGCCAUCUGAUUCAGCUAACAUUAAUGUAGAACAAAAUCAGGGCUCUCAAGUCAACUUUCAGCAAACUGAAGGUUCGCAAGAUGACUGCAGAGAAGUGACAAUUUCAGGGCAUAAACUAUCGUCAGAUGAUAUGAUAACAAACAGGGAUGGUGGCAUGGUUAAAGUAAAUGGCAUCAGUGAUAUGAAUGGGCCGAACUAUGAUAUAGAUUCAGCGAAAGAAACUAUAGAAGCAUCAGAGUCUGUAUUGCCCGACGGAAGCUGUUCAGUACUCAAAGAGAAGGUAGGAGCAGAUGUAUCAGCAAAUGGCUUCCCCACUUCAGGACCCAGUAAUGCAGGGCAAGGUACUGAACAAAAUGAUAAAACAUUGGAUAACAAACACGAUACAGUUGGUUUAGGUGAUGAAAGGAUAUCUAAGGGUGUAGCCGACCAAGAGACUUGUGAACCGUUGAGUGGCACUUGUAUGGAGGUUCCUCAUAUGACUGCAAACAACAACAUUGCGACCAAUGAAGAUGACGGUGUUACCACUGGCUCGCAGAACAGUUCAAGUGUGCAAAAUGAGUUUGAGCUGGAACAUUCCGAGGUUGUCCCAGAACGAGACGUUGUGGCAGUGUCCACGAGGAGUACUGCUGAGAAGCAAAAGGGUAAAAGAAUUACCAGAUAUAACCGAAGAGGCAGAAGCAGAGGCAGGGUUGCCAAGUAAUGAAGGGGUUGUAUCUUGUGAGCCAAAUCAUCUGUAACUUACUGUUAGAAUGUAGGGAUUGUGUGUUGUGCAUCUGCAGAUUAAUUUGUUGUGAAAUCAAUGUUUAGGAGUCGACGCCUUAGUUGGGCUGCAUUUUCUUCUUGCCCCUUCCGUUCUGUUCUGCUUGGUGAUUGAGUCCCACGAGGUAGGUUCCGGGGAAUUGGAUAUGUAUAUGCAUUAGCUGUGAAAAUUGGUUAAAUGCAUCAAAGUCGAAUUUUGUUCGUUUUCGGAAAUUAAACAGAAUGCCUGGCUUUAAUUAUGCACCAUUUGGUUCUUCGAAUGA